AUGAUUGCAAAAGUCCGGAGUUGCAAGACUCGUGAUCCUCUAUUAGGUUGGCUGAAGUUGCUUCUCUCCAGGAUUUGUUUGGAUGAAAUUCAUUUUCCUCGACUCUUCUCGAAAUCACAUUAUGUUGGUAAUUCUGAAAACGGAGGGGAAGUUGAUUCAAGUGAAAAUCCGUUUUCGACAGAGCAAACAUAUCUUUUGAAUGUGUUAUCAAAGAUUUUGAGCGAUCGACUUAGAGAGAUCACUAUUCCACAUGAUUUUGCUUUGUCUGUCUUCGGAAUUUUAAAGAAAUCUGUCGAUUCCAUUGACUUCGCUUCAGGGGGCGAAACUGGGCUCCCUACAGGAUCUGCUGUGGUUGAUGUCCUCGGAUACUUGCUUACCAAUUUAGAAGACACUAAUCACACAUUACUAAAAUGUGCCAUGCAUGGUCGGGAUGACGUAGACGAGGAUUCGGUGGAUGUUGAUACCCUUUUGUACCCUGGAUUUCUUGAAUUGCCUUUUGGUUUGCUUCAUGACCUUGAGACUACAGCAAAAAUCAAGAAAGCCAUGAGGCAGGCUGAUAGCAUAGAAAAAACUACUGCUUACAAUCCUAAAUUAUGUACUUACAAAGGAUUCCGGAGAGACAUAGUUGCUGUCAUUGACAAUUGCCUUCCCUGA